AAAUUAUUGGUACCGGUACUGCUGUACGUGGCUCUUCACUCUCCACGGGCAAGAGCAACAGUGCGUCGUUUCUUUGUCAUUCGGAACCCCGGACGCAGCCAACAUGCAAGACUGCUCAAGCGAAUAGAACAACGGCCAAGUCUCCUGCCAUCAGGGCUGCGCAGCAUCCAUGGAAAGCAAUUGAGUGCAGUGUCUUGACUGGUUGUUGCAUCUGCUGAUGGUUGACACACGGGGAAAAGUGCAGCACAACAAAACCAAGGAAUAGCACCCUUGCACGAUGGCUACAUCUGCCUCUGGUGACGCUUUCUAUGAUGAAGAUGAAGGGCCUGCACCUUACCGGUACGGUAGCGGAGAAAUGAUUCCAGUUGUCGUCCAUGCGAUAGCUGAACUGGAAGAAGAAGAUAACAUUCCAGUUGUGGAAGCAGCAGUAGUGACUCAACUUGAAAACGAUGAUAUCCAACCGAGGUAUCGUGAUCCACUCCGUCGAGACAAUGGCACUCUUCAUAGUACUAGGGCGCCACAAGCAGAGUUGCGCCCCUCCAUGAUGGACCGUGUCAUUCCAAAAUCAUCCGAAGGCAAAGCAUUUUGUUUGGCACUGGCAGCUCUUGUCGCCUUCACUUUGGUUGCAUCCACCGGGUUGUUCUGCUCACUGGGAAACUGUGAUGUGGCAGGCAGUGGAUCACCUAAUGCGGACAGCGCCGGUGAAGAUGCUGGCAACAAUUUUGUUUCCCUCUCACCCUCCUCAGCAACAGUUUCGCCAAGCUCUGCACCCACCUACUGGAACCAAGCAGAAAAUUACACACUGUCCGUGGACAUGUCUUCACUUGUGAUUUCCACCUCAAACUUCUUGCUUGCCAAUCACAACAACGACAACGACACCAGCACACCCAUGAUAGAGAAGCUCAUUGAAUCAAUCCUUGAGGGAUUGCCCAUUGAGUCAUCAAAUCCCGUGGCCUUGGUUCCAGGCUCAGCUGAGAUUGCGCAGGAACCUUUGGCACUUGCGAUUCAAGACUGCGUCGUUGGCAUUGAAGACCGCAACGAAAACAACAACACGCAUUGCUACUUUGUUCGUGUUCACUUUCAACUGUUCGUCACGGAGGCUCACAAGGCCCGUUACAAGAGACUGUGCUCACAAUUAGGAGCAUCGCUGACUUUGCUCACAGAAAACAAUGGACACCUUAUUAGGAGCUUUGUUGUCAAAGAAGAAUCCAAUCUACUUUUUCAAGAUGGCAGGAUGGAUCAUUGCGAGCCGGUCAACAACGAUUCAAUAACGAUGACUUUGACACCAAGUACGGCACAACCCACCGCAACAACAAACCCUUUACAGCAGGCAACACCAGCACCAACACCAGCACCGGCUCCCUUGAGAUUUGACUUUCACUACACCUUCUUUGAUGACCUUGUGCCACUGGAGAAGCCCACUGAAGCACAACUAUCAGCAUUGGUCUGCCAAACGCAAGUGUGGGUAUCCGAACGGAUGAAUACUAACUCAACCAUCAAUAGUGAUACAUCGUUGACAAUGACGGCAAAAGACAUUGGCUACCAGCUUGGGAACAACAGUUUCAUUCUAUUUUUCAGAGGAGAGUUCAGCACAGGUGGUGAAGAAGAGUCAUACUUUCCAACCCUUGAGGACGUUUCCUCUGUCCUGGACGCAACAAGCAAGAACUCCAUUAUGAUUAUUGAUUCAUCCGAGCUUGACUAUGUGCUGGAUCAUGUCUAUGCAUCAAGUCCAUUGGAUGGCAGUUUGAACUAUUUUCGCGAUGUCAAUGGCACAACCUAUCAUGUGGAUUACGACGAUGAGGCGGAUGGUGCACAAUCCAGCGUGAUGGAAGAGGCUCACUGUCAUCCCUAGCAGGAUACUAUCUAAAGACGUGAUCCAUUGUGAACUUGCAAAUUUGCAUCCAUGCACCUAACCAGUGUACUUUUAGUUCAAGUCAUAAUAAUGCUUUGAAUUUACCGGUUCAGUACCUGCUUGGUUGGAAGCAACAGCGAGCCACUAGUACCGUA